AGGAAGCUCCCGGGAGUCCCACCAGCCUUAUCUUAGUCACCCAAUAUCAAUUUGCGCCGCUUUAUCCCACGCAAAAACCCAUUGUGAAACUUUUCAGUAUUCCGCACUCCCUCUUCCUCCCUUUCGACGAACAUCACCUUUUUGCGAACCAACGCCCUAUAUUCCCUCCCUCGGCGUUGUCCGCCGUCUCCCACAUACCCCGCUCCUUAAUUGAGCCAUGGCGUCCACGUCAAGAGCUCUGAGCAAGCUCGCGGUCCCCCCCACGGGGGCCAUCUUGCUGCAACAGUCGCGGGCUGCCCCUCGACUUUUACUCCAGACAUCGGGCCGGACUGUUGGGGCGAGGCCCGUCUUUGGUAGCACGCAAGGUCCCGUCUCCCGGCAGUUCCGCCGUGGCGUUUCCAGCGAUGCCGCCCCCGCCCCCCGGCCCAAGAAGUCACGGUUCCGGGUGUUGAGAUGGACUUGGCGACUCGGAUAUCUCUCGGCGAUCGCCGGCAUCGGCUACAUUGGCUACGGCGUGUACGAGGAUAGGCAUCCGGAGCCCCAAGUCGUGCCUGACCCGUCCAAGAAGACGCUCGUCAUCCUUGGUACCGGAUGGGGCUCCGUCUCGCUGCUCAAGCGUCUCGACACCGAAAACUACAACGUCGUCGUUAUCUCGCCGCGCAACUACUUCCUCUUCACGCCCCUCCUCCCGUCAUGCACAACCGGUACUAUCGAGCACCGCUCCAUCAUGGAGCCGAUAAGGACCAUCCUCCGCCAGAAGAAGGCGAGCGUCCGGUUCUACGAGGCCGAAGCCAGCUCUAUUGAUCCCGACCGCAAGGUGGUGCGCAUCUUUGACAACUCGGAGAUCAGGGGUGACAUCACCGAGACCGAGGUACCAUACGACAUGCUGGUGAUCGGCGUGGGCGCCGAGAACGCGACGUUCGGCAUCCCCGGCGUGCGCGACCACUCGUGCUUCCUAAAGGAGAUCGGCGACGCCCAGAGGAUCCGCAAGAGGAUUAUGGACUGUGUCGAGACGGCGGCCUUCAAGGAUCAGUCGCCCGAGGAGAUCAACCGUCUCCUGCACAUGGUCGUGGUCGGCGGCGGCCCGACCGGCGUCGAGUUUGCCGGCGAACUGCAGGACUUCUUCGAGGAGGACAUCAAGAAGCUGGUCCCGGAGAUCAGCGACCGCUUCCGCGUGACGCUGAUUGAAGCCCUCCCCAACGUCCUGCCCAUGUUCUCCAAGCAGCUGAUCGACUACACGGAGAGCACCUUCAAAGAGGAGAAGAUCGACAUCCACACCAAGACCAUGGUCAAGAAGGUGACGGACAAGACGGUCGAGGCCGAGGUGACGCGCCCCGACGGCAAGAAGGAGACCAUCGUCUUCCCCUACGGCCUGCUCGUGUGGGCAACGGGUAACGCCGUGCGCCCCGUGAUCAAGGACCUGAUUGCGCGCAUCCCGGCGCAGGCGAACUCGCGCCGCGGCCUCGCCGUGAACGAGUACCUCGUCGUUCAGGGCACGCGCGACAUCUGGGCGGUGGGCGACUGCGCCGUGGCCGGGUACGCCCCCACGGCGCAGGUGGCCGGCCAGGAGGGCACCUUCCUAGCGCGCCUGUUCAACAACAUGGCCAAGACGGAGGCGCUCGAGGGCAAGAUCAGCGAGCUCAGCUCGUCGCUGAACCUGCAGCCGGGCAACUCGGCCGCCGUCUCGCGCGAGAUCGAGGGCUACGAGCGCCAGCUGCGCCGCAUCAAGGACGCCAAGCCCUUCCACUACAGCCACCAGGGCAGCCUGGCCUACAUCGGCAGUGAUAAGGCCGUCGCCGACGUGACGUGGUUCAACGGCAACGUCGCCGCCGCCGGCAGCCUGACCUACCUCUUCUGGCGCAGUGCCUACAUCAGCAUGUGCUUCAGCACCCGCAACCGCCUGCUGGUCAUCAACGACUGGUUUAAGUCCAAGGUGUUUGGCCGCGAUCUCUCGCGCGAGUAAAGAGGGCGGCGAGUGGGUCUUCGGGGCUUCCUUUUCCUGUUUAUGAGGGUCAUUCUAUAUGGAUGCAGCGGGCGAGCCGGCCUGUCUUCCCUUUUUUCCGAUUUCCUUUGUCACCUGCGGCGGAUGUUAAUGGAGUCUUGGGCUUGAAAAUAAUUAGACCACGGGCUAGACUGGGUUCGGCAGGAUAGACGAGGGCAAUGAUUGACGGCGGGUCUGUUUUGGUGCUGGUUUCAUCCUCUCUGUUGUAUCGGUCUUGACAUUAUUAGUGUUGUAUCAGUUAGCUUGCCCUGGUGGCUUGCCCCGGGGCACCAUGGCCUUGUACUGUAAACCAAUAUUAGUUAGACGGGUAUUCAGGUUCAUUUUGAUGC